AUGUCAUUGUGCCCAUGCGAACCCACACCCACACUCGGUGCUUUUGAUCAACGUCCCCACAGAGCCCUACAGCAUCACCACACCACCCUUGUGCUCGCAUGCCACACACGCUCGUCGUCAACCAAUGCAUUGCUGCCUGCUGUCUACCAAACACUCCCCCUCCCCCCGUCUGCCCUUUUGCAACAAGAGCCUGCAGCUAGCGUCAGCCAUUCGACACCUGUGCCUGGCCGAAUCAAAGGCCCAAACAUGCCUCGAGCCCCCUCAUUGGCCACGCCCCAGCGCCUGCAACUUCUCGUCCCACAGAAGAGCUCUCCUAGCCACAGCAAACUCAAAUGCUCGCAGCCCUGCCUGUGCCUGUGUCUGCAAUCCCGAUGCAGUGGCUGUCGAUCACCGGUACAGUCCGAAGCUGCCCUCGAUCAUCCCGUCGGCCUCCACCCCACUGCCACCUGCCGCACCCACCCGGAUGCCGCUGAGACAAACGCUUCGAGCAGGCCUGCAGUCACCAACACCCUCGUCCCCUCCUUCUCCUCUCUUCCCGCAAUCUUAUUCCCCAUUCCGCGUUUUCCAUUGGCGCGAAUGACGUAUCCCGUUUUCCCAACUAAGAAAACAUGGCUAGUCAGGAGCCCGUCUGAAACUUUGGCCGUAACAGAAAGAAAGCAUCUAGAAACUUCCUUGCAUCUAGCGCAUGGAACCCGUCUCCCGCAUCCCCACUACACAUAG